AGCUGCUGUUGCUAGGCGACGGGAGAGUGAGCGGGGCCUACUGCGCCGUGGCGCGCCUUCAGGUCACUUGUCAGAGCUAUUUGAUAUUCGACGAUGGGCGAUGUCCUUGCAUAUGAAGCAGAGCUACUUGGGAUGGUGAAGGAGUAUUUGGACUUUGCAGAAUUUGAAGAUACUGUGAAAACAUUUACAAAGGAAUGCAAAAUAAAAGGAAAGCCAUUACCUAAAACAGGAGGUAGCUCUGUGAAGGACUCCAAGGCUCUAAUCAUUCAGGAUCUGCUAACGUCCUUUACUGAUGGAGACCAAGAAGUCUUCUUUGAACUCUGGGAGGAACAUAUCCCCUCCCCGGUCCGAGACAGUGAGGCUGUUGCCCAGAAGCUGGAGUUCUACCUUCACAUCCAUUUUGCCAUUUUCCUCUUGAAGCACGCAGUGGGAAAGCCUCAUAAAGCAGCUUUGGAUGAAAGGAUUUCGUAUUUUAAAACUUACCUGGAGACCAAAGGGGCAGCCCUGAGCCAGACUACAGAAUUCCUUCCAUUCUAUGCCUUGCCUUUUGUUCCCAAUCCUAUGAUCCACCCAUCCUUCAAAGAACUUUUCCAGGAGUCAUGGGAGUCUGAUCUAAAAAUGAGACUGGAAGAAUUCCUGUCUGCAACUCUAAAAGCCAGUCAUAAUCCAAGACUUUUGACAUUAUAUAAGGAGAGCACACACUGCAGCCAAGAAAUGCUGCAGCAGCUUCACCAGCAGCUGGUGGAAUCGGAGCGCAAAACCAUGACUUACCUCAAGCGGUUCAACAAAAUCCAGGCAGACUACCACAACCUCAUCGGAGUUGCUGCUGAGCUGGUGGACUCCCUGGAAGCCACUGUUAAUGGCAAAAUGAUCACCCCAGAAGAUCUGCAAAAUGUCUGUGUCCGUUUGUUUAGUAACCAGAUGAGGCAGAGUGUGGCACAUAGCAUCGAUUUCACAAGACCUGGAACUGGAUAUUGCUGUAUGAGCCCGUGUGAGGAUGAAUAUGCCUCGACGAUGUUAAGAGCAUCGCUAGCCCCUGUGAAGAUUCAGGAAGUGCCGCUCUUGCCAUCAUUGGAUUAUGAGAAGCUAAAGAAAGAUCUUCUUGAUGGGAGUGACCGCCUGAAAGCCUUCUUACUGCAGGCAUUGCGCUGGCGCUUAACAACAUCCCAUCCGGGUGAGCAGAGGGAUACGGUUUUGCAGGCGUACAUCAACAACGACCUCUUGGAUUGCUACAGCAGCGCCCAGAGGAGCGUGCUGAUGCUGAUACAGUCGAAGAGUGAGGUUGUUCGUCAGUAUACGGCCAGGCUCGUCAAUGCGUUUGCCUCGCUGGCUGAAGGUCGACUGUACCUCUCUCAGAAUCCCCGGUUGCUUCGCAUGCUGGAAGAAAGGUUGAAGGCCGAAGACAAAUACUCCCUUACUCGAGAGAACGUCAUGGGGGCUUUGCAGAAACUCAGCCUCAGGCGGGCUUUGCAGUCAACAAUGAUCAAGGAUGGGCUCAUCCUGUGGCUGGUGGAUGCACUCAAGGAUACAGACAGCAUGUCGGAUUACACCUUGGCCUACUCAGUCGCCUUGCUCAUGAACCUCUGCCUUCGGAGCUCAGGGAAGAAAAUGUGUGUGAAAAUUGCAAACGAGAUACUCAAAGUCCUCUCAGAUCUCCUGGGCCAUGAGAAUCAUGAGAUACACCCUUACGUGAACGGGGCGCUUUACAGCAUCCUCGCCAUUCCUUGUGUACGAGAGGAGGCCCGGGCGAUGGAAAUGGAAGACAUUCUGCGGUGCUACAUCGAGGAAGGAAAUGCCAACAUGAUCCAACAGAUAGAGUUUAUUAUUAAGCAGCUUAAAUCAGAAGAUCCACUGGAUGAGGCCGAGUCUGAUGACGAGGAGAAGGAAGACAAUGAUGAAGAGGAUCACAACAGCAUGGAAGCGGACCUGGACAAAGACGAGGUGCUGCAGCCUCAGCCGGGGGAGCUGUCGGGCGAGAAGCUCUUGACCACAGAGUACUUGGGGAUAAUGACCAAUACGCCAAAAACGAAGAAGAAGCCAGUUCCUGGCAUGCACCAGAGCAUCGAUGAGCCUCUCCAGAGACCUGUGACGCCCAGCUACCACAGGACCGCCUACCCAAUGCCAGAAAAUGAUGCCAUUUCUUCCUGUGGCAGCAGGAAUAGCUGUGUCCAACAGGGGCAGAACCCCCGCCCCCCGACAUGCAGUGGGAAGAGACCCAGCCUUUCGGAACGUUGCUCCUCUUCAGCCUCGUUUGGAACAGAAGCUUCCGAGAGGUCCUUGGAUCUUGGAGCAGGUCGGUGCAUCCCUCCAGGUGCAGAUGUCCUGACUCUCCAGUCCACCAGGAAUUCCCAGGAUAGUGACUUCCUUUCCGGCUUUGCCAGCAAGCCCAAGCUCCCCUGCUCGCCGGACGUGCAGGAGGCCAGGCCUGGAAGGGGAAAGACCACAACCAUUGCUCCGCUCUUCUCCCAGUCUGGCCCACAGCAAAGCAGCCGGCCUGGUUCUUCUGGAUCGUCAGCAAGAAGCAGGCAGAGCAGCCAGUCCUCCAGGAAGUGAGGACAAGCCCUUUCCUCAGCAGUCCACCUGCCCCGGUGCUUCGGGGGAGAGGCGGCCAGCUUCCUGUAACAGGAAUCCCCACAUCUCCGGCAGCCUGCACAGCCAGCAGGGGAAGCUGUCAGCACCGCGCCACGGGCAGCGAGGGCCAGAUGGGACGCACCUUCUCGGCCCCCACCGCAGUCGCUGCCCCAGUCCCACGCUCUGCCCGUGCCUGGAAGACGCUGCGCCGCUGGGGCAGUGGGGCUCUGUUUCCCUCCUCGGAGCAUCGCGAGACCAGAGCAGCCAGGCCUCUACGUCUGCCUGCAGCCGACCGCAUCAGACACGCUCGCGCCCCUGCUGCCCCUGCCUUGCCCUCCCUCUCCUCAGCCUUCUGCCACGGCUCCCCCGCCCCUGCCAGGCCUGUGGCAGCUGCUUUUGUCCUCCCCGAGAAGCUGUGGGGAUCGCAGGCCAGCAGCCUCUGCAAGCUGCAAG